CCCCCCUGUCAGAGCUCCAGGGAGAACAUAGAGCUGGCGUCAUCCUUUCGGCAAACCAAGAGAAGGAAGGGGGAGGGUAAGACAGAAAUGGGUAGGAGAAGGAGGGUUCUCUGUGUUUCUACUGCAUCAGCGCCAGCAUCACUGCCUUCGUCACCGGAAAACAACAAGGACUGACUAAAGCUGAGACUAAAGAGAAAAAAUACUGUUAGCAGCAGCAAAUCUCUUUCCAUCAAAUACGGAUUCCCACAUUAGGCCACUGCGUCUUCACCUUCCUUAGCCAGAGGCAUCAUCUCCCGAGAGAGAAAGAGGUCUUCUAGGAAUGAUUUGAGAAGAGAGGACGACAGCCAUCGCUCCAUCCUGUCAAGAUGGGAAAUCAGGAGGCAAAGCAAAAGAGAUCGGGUAAUGGAAGCUAUCCUUCGCUAAAUGAAGGAUGGAGGGAAGGAGGAGGGGAUUUGACAAAAAGGGGGGGCAAGAAACUCGGCAAGCAGGGAGGUAAAGGAACAAACAGCAGUGGAGGAGGAGGGACUCAUGGCACUGGACCAGGUAAAAAACGAAAUAAAUCUGAUUCCAAAUCCUCCGUUUUUUCCCUCCGAAAAAGAAAGAUAAACCUGAAAGGAAAGGGGGAUACAUGCUCAUCAAUACCAGGUUUAAAUGAAGAUGAUUGGGCUUCUCAACAUGAUGAUCUGGACAGCACCAAAACACCUGACCUGUCUGCAGAUGAACUAGGACACUCAGAUUCUGAGGCUGCAUUUCCUGAAAAGAGAAAGAAAUCAGAACAGGAAAACAGGAAUAAAGAUAGAAGAGAAGAUGAAAAGUCACAUGUGCAAUUGAAAGCCUCAACAGAAACCACAUCACCCACAGAAGAAGCAGGACAAAAGGGGGGUAGCUCAGGAUCGGACACUGAUAUAUACAGUUUUCAUUCAGCAGCUGACCAUGAGGAUUUACUUGCAGACAUCCAGCUGGCUAUUAGGCUACAGCAUCAGCAGCAACAUGAUGGGGAGAACGCAAUCUCAGAGGUACAUGCAGGUGGAGCGGGGGACCUGAAUUGGAGAGCAGCAGAAGAAUGGACUAAGAAAAGUAAUAGGGUGGAAAAAGAAACUCAUCAGGAGGUGCUUGGUAUGACUCCAGAACUAGAGGUGGGCUCUGAUGCACUAUCAUUCUUAGAGACAGAAAGUCAUGUUUCUGUCAAUCACACAGACUCGCUUCCAAUGCUGUCAAGUAGAGAGACAUACCUGUCCUCUCACACAGAGAUGAAGGGACAGGGGGAGGUCCAAGAAGGGCUGGGACCACCAAAGUUAAGUAUGAAGACGAGAGAGGGACAAGCUUUUCUUUGUAUUGCUACAGGCACAAAAGACCAGCAUGUGGACAUCUCCAUGGCAACUGGAAGUCUGACAGUCAGCCCAAUCACUAUGGCAACCUGUGACAAUUGUUCACCUAUAGUCUCAAUUGACAGUGAAGGGAAAUGUCUGGGAAUGGUGGAGGAAGCAGAGUUCAGUCCCCCUCCAGUCAGUAAUAGUAAAAGUACUGAACAUGCAGAAGGAUUUAGCUCAGGGGCUGUGUUUGAUGAAGAUGAUGGUCAGUUAGGCUCAGGUACCAGUGCAGAGUCCCUCGAGGACUGUGUUUUGACUGGUUCCAAAUCCAAUCAAUGUGCUGCUUCUUGUAAUGGUUCCUCACCCUCUGACCAGCUCUGCAGCAGGGACAGCAUCUGCUUUAUCACACUGACUCCCCAGGGGAGCCCAAAGUUGGCAAAGCAGCUCCUCAAGUCCACCCAUUCCUCCAACUUUUAUAGCCAUGUGGUGAAAUCCUACCCCACUAUUUUUCCAUCCUACAUCAAGACCACUACGCGACAGCUCAGUACCCCAGGACAAUCCCCAGCUUUAUCUCCUUCCCACAGCCCACUUUCUCCACGGAGAGCCCAUCUUCACAAUCGAAGGAUGGUGGCUGGAGAACACGGAACGCACAGACAACGGUCACUGAGCCUUACUGGGACUCUAAGCCGAUCAGCUGACUGGACAGAGGAGCUUGAAAAGAGGCUGAGAGGCAGAGAAGUGGAUGGAGGAGAGUAUCUGAUGGGCAACAGAGGAGGAGGCAGUCAACCUAUCUGUGCUACCAGAAGAUCCUCAUGUGGACAAGUCUCCCUCUGUGCUUUUCAAGAUGUCUUUACAGGUCGCACCCUUCUUGAGAAGCUGUUUUUGCAGCAGCAGCAGAAGGAGCCAGAGGAGGCUGAGAGGCUCUGCUCCAAGAUUUUGGCCAUGGGUCUUCUGCUUCCUUUCACUGACUGCUUCAGAGAACAGUUAGGCGGCAGCACGGCUCAAAUUUCAUCCACUGCAUCAGCCAAGUUUGACCAUGACCAGCUGUAUACAUGGGCCGCAGUCAACCAGCCACAACACUCACUGGAUCUUCUUGAAGGAAAACUAGCAGGCCAACUCAAGACGCAGUGGUCUCCAUUAAGGCUAGGAGAAAACAGAACUGGUCAUAAAUCUAUGGGAGCAGAUCAUUGUGAAGUUGUCCCCACAACAAGACAACAAGACAGUGAGGAGAGAUCAGAGGGGGAAUAUGUGCUGCCGUCAAAAAAACUAAAGGAGAAACACGUUGAUGUUAUCCAGCAGCUUGAGCAAACUAUAGAAGAUCUCAGGACUAAGAUUGCUGAGUUGGAACGUCAGCCCCCUCUUCUCGAGGAGAAGGGUAUAACAACCAUCACCUCCACCACCGACAGAGAAUGUGGAGGAGAUGAGAGCCUAUUGAGGUCUCUCUGUGAUGCUCAUCUGCAAACAGAGGCAGGGGCCUCUCUGGGAUGCCAGGAGGUCAAGUCAGUGCAGACCUCGCCAAUGGAUGAUAGUUUUAGGUUCAACAGGCUCUGUAGAGGGCUGGAUGGAGGCUUUCUGCAGCCAUCAUCCAAUCAUGAUUGUUCAUGUCAACUAGAGCCUUGUACUUCACCUCUUCUGCAUCAAGGAGAAACUGUAAUUCUUCACUCAUGCCUGAAUUUGGUCCCACCUCCUCCUCCUCCACCUUUGCCAGGAUUUCCAGACCCUCCUCCUCCACCACCUUUUCCCCCUCCUCCUCCUUUCCCAGGACUUCCAGGCCCUCCUCCUCCUCCUUCUCCUCCUCCUCCAGGCUUUCCAGGCCCUCCACCACCGCCUCCUCCUUUACCAGGAUUUCCAGGGCCUCCCCCUCCACCACCGCCUCCUCCUUUACCAGGAUUUCCAGGGCCUCCCCCUCCACCACCGCCUCCUCCUUUACCAGGAUUUCCAGGGCCUCCCCCUCCACCACCGCCUCCUCCUUUACCAGGAUUUCCAGGUCCUCCCCCUCCACCACCACCUCCUCCUUUACCAGGAUGUUCAGGCCCUCCACAUCCUCCUCCAGGAUAUGGGCCUCCUCCUCCACCACCAGGAGCAACUGGCGUACCCCCAAGUCUUCCAGCAGUAAUGGGUUCAUUGCCCCCUCCAAUGCCACUGGGUUUGUAUUCUCUACCUUUAACUCAGGAUAAACCAACCAGAAAAGCUGCAGUGGAGCCACCCCGGCCAAUGAAGCCCCUUUAUUGGACGAGGAUCCAGCUACACACAAAAAGGGACAUUCCUUCUUCACUUGUGUGGGAGUUGGUUGAGGAACCCGAUGUGGACUUUGACGAGUUUGUGGCACUGUUUUCGAAAACAGCAGUUAAAGAAAAAAAGCAGCCACUCUCUGACACCAUAACAAAAUCCAAGGCAAAACAGGUUGCAAAGCUGCUGAACAACAAACGUUCUCAGGCUGUUGGGAUCCUCAUGUCUUCCUUGCACCUCGACAUGAAAGAUAUACAGCAUGCUGUCUUGAACUUGGACAACAAUGUAGUGGACACAGAGACCCUGCAAGCACUUUAUGAAAAUAGAGCACAACAGGAGGAACUGGACAAAAUUGAAAAGCACAUAAAGUCCUCGAAAGACAAAGAGAAUGCUAAGCCUCUGGAUAAACCUGAACAAUUUCUCUACCAGCUCUCCCUGAUACCAGACUUCUCCAGCAGAGUUUUCUGCAUUCUCUUUCAGUCCAGCUUCUGUGAGUGUAUGUCAUCAAUCACAAGAAAAAUUAACACACUGCAAAGGGUAUGCAAGACUCUGCAGGACAAUGUUUCAGUAAAGAAGAUUCUAGGUUUGGUUCUGGCAUUUGGUAAUUUCAUGAAUGGUGGGAAUCGAACAAGAGGUCAAGCUGAUGGCUUCACUCUUGAGAUUUUGCCAAAACUCAAAGAUGUCAAGAGCAAUGAUGGCGCUAAAAGUCUUCUGUCAUACAUUGUAGCCUACUACCUCAGACACUUUGAUGAGGAUGCUGGGAAGGAGACGUCUGUGUUUCCUCUUCCUGAGCCUCAUGACCUGUUCCAAGUUUCACAGAUGAAAUUUGAAGAUUUUCAGAAGGACUUCAUUCGACUUCGGAAGGACCUCAGAGCAUGUACAUCGGAAGUGGAAAAGGUGUGCAGGGUGUCUGAUGAAGAUAACUUGCAGCCUUUCAAAGAGAAGAUGGAUGCGUUUCUUGCACAAGCUAAAAGUGAACUAGAGAUCCUGGAUGCUCAACUCAGCAGCACUCACAAACUGUUCAUAGAGCUGACGGUGUUCUAUUCAGUGAAGCCCAAAGCAGGAGAAAAGGAGGUUUCCCCCAACACUUUAUUUUCCAUCUGGCAUGAAUUCUCCUCCGAUUUCAAGGACCAAUGGAAAAAAGAGAACAAAACUAUUCUCAAGGAAAGGUUAAAAGCAGCAGAAGAGUGUUUCAGACAAGCCAAGGAGAAGACUUCCUACAGUGUUAAACCAAAACAUGCUUCUGGUAUUAAAGCCAAGCUUGGUAUGAAGAUUUAACAUCGCUAACCUGGGAGAUCAUGAAAAUGGAACUAGAGUGAAGUGAAUGACAGCAGAUAAGUCCUCUUUGGACAUCAUGUUUGAUUUUUUGAUUAUUUUUUAUGCAGUUUGAUUACUUUUGUCAUAUAAGCCACUGUUUUAUGAUGUUUGAAUCAAAUACAGUUUUUUUAUCGGCCCGACAAACACAUUUUUCAUCAGUUCAGAUAUCAACUCACAAUAAACCUAUAGUUCUGAAAUUUUCAUUCAAUAUGUCUAAUAAAGUCUCUUUACUUCUGCAUCAUAAUUAUGGUGAACAGAAUUGCUCAGAUGUUUAAGCCUGACUACCAGCUGACUUCUCUCUGCUCUCUUCCAACAGUAUGCUGCCAACAUUUGUUUUACUUUCAUUUUGUUUUGGUUGCACUUUAUCUACGCUUACAUCUAUAUACACCACCUAUGCACACCAUCUCUUGCCAUAACUUAAUUUUUACCUAAUUUGGAGAAACUUUUUUUCCAAGAAAAUAUCCAUGUAGAAAAAAAUAAAUUUUCCUUUUUGUUUGAUUUGAAAAUGUUCAAUGAACCUUUGUGGUGCGUUUCAGCUGUCAGACAUCAUACUUCGCCGAAGAACACUUAUGAACACUAUUCACUUCAUUUUUCAUCUGUAAACAGUCUCAGAACCUGUAGGCUGUAAUAUACCCACUUAUAGUUUUCUGCGCAUUGUGUAAAUCUGUCAGUACUGCUGAGUGACUCUAAGCUGCAUAGAAACAGAAUGGAGGUUUCAGUCCUUGUUGAUACAUCUUCAAACAAUUAAAAUGUAACACUUGGAUUUCCUAGUAACAGUGAAAGUUACUUUUCAACCAUAGAUUGAAAGAUUACAUACUGAAGCAUUUGACUUGGGUGUCACAGCCACAUAGUGAACACAUAAUCUUUGUAAUGCCACAAAGGAUUUGAAAUUAAAAUAAAGCAUGACUAGUGUGAGAAAAAUAAUGUGUAGUAGAGCUGUCAUCGGAAUUAUUUAGCACUAUCCUGUUACAUCCUAAGAAUUUUACACAUUUGAGCAAUUACAGCCAAUACAUUUAAACACAUUAUUAUUAUUGUUAUUAAUAUCUCACCCAUUAGCCACUGGAUAUUGGGACCAAUCUGCCAAUGACACUAAGUACAAAAAAUGAUAGGACAAGUCUUGAACUGUGAAACAUGACUGGUAGCAAGUAAGAACAAUGUGCCGACACUACAACAUGACAAGGGUGGUAGAUAUAGGCUUGAAUUACUGUCAGUUUGAAUUAUUUAGUGCAAUGUCAAUAAAAUCACAGGAAAACUAUUUUUUUAAACUGUCUUUUUAGGCUCUAAGACAGGGGUCACCAACCUUUUUGAGACUGGGAGCUACUUCACGGGUACAGAGUAACACGAAGGGCUACUUGCUUGAUACAAACAAAUUUUCUUGGCUCAGCCUUUAUAACAAUAAUACAUAUACGUAUAUAUGAUUACAUGCGGUCUAAUCAUAUUAAUGUUAGGGACCACUCACAAUAGUUAUCAGUAAGUACGGUUAAUUGCUAUUAUGUGACCAGAAGUGUUUAGUCCACAGUUUUAGUUUGAUUCCCUUUUGGAGCUUUUCUGUGCGAUUCUAAAUUGCCCACAAGUGACUGAGAAUAUGGACUAUUCUAGUAGCACCUACAGCUGUACGCACUACGAGUACCUUGAGAUUUUCCUUUGAAUAAAAGAAGUAAAGAAUAGUUACUGUAUGUUUUAUUAUCUAACCCUCUUUACUAUUAAAAUUGUGGAGAAAAAAGAAUAUUUUGUGUCAAAACAUCUUGUACGUAGCGCACAUCGGGGUGAGUCUGUGGGGGUGGGCGCAAAAGGCUAAAUCAUAUUGGUCACUCAGUUUACUUUUGUUAAUUUGGCACUUUUUCUGUGAGCAAGAAACGAAUGAGCUCCUCCCAUUGGACUAAAGUUCCACCUGAGCUUUUUACCGUGCGCUGUUCUGACGGGGUCGCCGGUUUAUUAUCCUUUUUGUGGUUUCGCGAACUGAAAAGCUGAUGGGUCACCUGUUGGCUGACACCAGCAGAUGCCGAAAAAAAAAGUUAGACAGAUCGGAGAGUAGCAUAAAACUACCACUACACCUGACCAGCACAAACCUAAACCACAAAAGCAGCAGACUUUUUUGUUGUUUUAAACAAACAAUGCUAAAUAAUAAAGACAUGAAAGUGAAGCCUACCCUUGUGAUCCACGGAAAGAGGGGGAUGUUGAUGUUGAGGUUCAGGUGGUGAAGGAGAUGCAACAUUGUUUACUUAAUUUCUACUCUUUUGGGGAACGUUUCGUCUGAGUAGGAGCAGCAGAUGUCUGCCAUCCGGUGACCCCGCCAGAACCGCGCAGACGGUAAAAAGCUCAGCCGGGAUCCAAAUGACCGCUGUUAGGACUACGGGUGGGAUCAAACUCUGCUCAAUCAUUUUUAGCUUACAGAAAAAGCGCCAAGCUGCCAAAUAAACA